CAAAUGGAGAUGGGGAUUUUCAUAAUAAUGUCAUAGUCUAGAUUCGUUUUCUCUACUCAUUCUUCCCUUUGAUUUAUUGCUCUCUCUCUCUCUCUCUCUCUCACCAAAUGUAUACAACUUCAUCAUCAUAAAUCACGAUAUAUAUUCGAUUCCUUCCAUCAACCACUUUGAUCACUUUCAUCUCAUAUGUGUGUUUAUAUAAGCUUCUCUCCUCUUGUUGCAAUUUUUGACAACCAUCUUAUUUUCUUCAACUUGAACUUUAAAAAACAUGGUGUUUGAUUCAUGUCCUGAUAUUUGCAAUACUAGACUUAGUCUUGGUCUAGGUUCUGUUAGUAUUAACAAAAAUGAUCUCCAAAAACAUGAAUCAUCUUCAUCAUCACCUAAAUCUUUUCCUUCUCUUACAUUGGGCUUUUCAUCAGAUCAUCUUCAUCAUCACGAAAAAACCUUAAAAAUGGAUGUUACUCCAAAAGAUGUUGUUAUUGAUCAUCAUCAUCAUCAAUCUAGUAUUACUGAUCUUGUGCAUGGAUCAGGAGGACAUCAGCAGCAGCAAGCUUCUUCAGGUAGUGCAGUUUCAUCGUUUUCGAAUUCGAGUGUGAAAAGGGAAAUCAGAGAAGUUAGUGGUACUGAUGAUCAAGAUGUGGAGGAAGAAAGAUAUUCCGGCAAGACUAAUGUUGCGGAUCAAGAACAAGAUGAAGAGGGUCCGAGGAAAAAGCUGAGAUUGACUAAAGAACAGGCUUUUGUGUUAGAAGAAAGUUUCAAAGAACAUAGUACUCUCAAUCCAAAGCAAAAACAAGCCUUAGCCAACAAAUUAAGUUUAAAGCCAAGACAAGUGGAGGUGUGGUUUCAAAACAGAAGAGCCAGGUAUAUAUUUAUGUUUUAUAAUUUUGAUUAUCGCAUCGACAAUUUGAUUAUUUAGUCAGAAUUAGAUGUAAACAUGCAUGAUUAAUACUUAGAACUCAUUAUUCUUAAUAUACUUGAGAAAAUUUUGGGCUUGAACAAACGUGAAUUCAUGAACUGAAUUUACCAUGUUUUUUUUCUUUUUUUUUUAGGACAAAAUUGAAGCAAACGGAAGUGGACUUUGAGAUAUUGAAAAAAUGCUGCGAGACAUUAAAGGAAGAGAACAAAAGAUUGCGCAAAGAACUUCAAGAGCUAAAAGCCAUGAAAAUGGUCGUACCACCGACCCCGUUUUACAUGCAGCUUCCGGCAGCCACCCUAACCAUGUGUCCGUCUUGCGAGACGAUCAGCGCUGCCACCGGCGUUGCUGCUAGUGGUGGUGGUUCCGGUGAGAGUUCUUCAAGAAUAUCUUUCUCCAUUGGAGGAAAGUCUCACUUGUAUAAUCCCUUUGCCAAUCACCCCUCAGCAGCUUGCUAGAUCAAAUUAAUUUUAAAUUUAAUUAGGAUUGAUAUGAUGAUGAUGAUGAUCCAUCAGUAUUAAAUUAAUUUAGCUGCAACAUAAUAUGGAUGAGAUUAGAGGUACAUAUGUCAUGUUUUAAAAUAUUUGUGAGUUGAGCAGAAAAUGUGGAAUUCCUUGAUAUUAAUUAGUACCCUCUUUUCGAACUCUUUUUGUACAUGUAUCCUGUAAAGUAUUCAGGUCCAGAUGAUAUAUACUACAACUUUUUAUCGA